AUGGCUUGUCCUCAUCGCACAACAACUAGAUCACGGACUGGUACCUUACCUCCUCCUCCAGAAAGAUUGAACUUAGUGGCAACCAAAAAUCUUCUUCCCGACUGUGUUGAGCCAACUUGCUACUCUCAAGCAGUUAAGCUGGCACCAUGGGAACUCCAUAAAUGCUAUGCAGCUCUUAUAAAGGCUCUAUCUUCAACAUUUGCACUAAAAGACUUGGGCCCCUUGAGUUUCUUUCCUGGAAUUGAUAUGUCCAACAUAUCUGAUGGCCUCUUUCUUAGUUUGAAUGCAUUUGUGACCAAAAGUGAUGGGUGGGAAAAUGCACAUGCAACAUUCUACGGUGAUAUGAGUGGUGGAGAAACCAUGCAAGGAGCUUGUGGAUACGGCAAUCUGAUACAGCAAGGAUAUGGCUUAGAGACAACAGCUCUAAGCACAACACUCUUCAAUGACGGCCUCACUUGUGGCGCUUGUUAUGAAAUCAAAUGUGACAAGGCCACAUCACAAUGGUGCCUUGAUGGCACAGUCCAUGUAACAGCCACCAACUUCUGCCCACCAAAUUACGACAAGCCUGAUGGGAACUGGUGCAACCCUCCAUUGAAGCACUUUGAUCUCUCCCAGCCUAUGUUCAUCAAGAUCGCUCAGUAUAAGGCUGGCAUUGUUCCGGUUCUUUACCGGCGCGUCCCGUGCGUCAGGACCGGAGGCUUAAAGUUCGAGAUAAAGGGAAAUCCUUACUGGGUAUUGGUGUUCUUGUACAAUGUUGCCGGUGCCGGAGACAUUAAAAAUGUGAAGAUUAAGGGUUCGAACACAGAUUGGAUACAAAUGUCACGAAAUUGGGGCCAAGACUGGCAAACUAAUACACAAUUGUUAGGACAAAGCUUGUCAUUCCAAGUGACUACUAGUGAUGGUAAAACGGUGCAAUCUGAUAAUGUUGCACCAAGUGGUUGGAAUUUUGGACAAACCUUUGAAGGGAAGCAGUUCUAA